UAAAAAUAUCUUAAAUUUAAUGAAUCAAUAAAAUUUAGAUAAAGACGAGAUAGCCUUACUUUAAAAGCCUUGGGUCAAGAAUCAUACAACAUUAACAAAUGAUCAUAUCUUAGAACUUUAUAGAUUAUUUAAUUUAUAUUGUAAUCCAAGAACAAGAAGAAUUGAUUUGAAGGAUGUAAUGAUAACAGCAUAACAAUUGGGAUUGGUGGAGAAGAGUCCCAUAGUAGCCAAUACUUUGUAAUAAGUUUCUGAUUAACAUGGAGAUGGAGGUGUGGAUUUUGAAGAAUUCGUAAGAGAGUUGACAUCUAAAUUGGUAAUUUGAUUGUAUCGAAUCUUUUAGGGCAAUACAUUUGAUUAGAAAGGGAGAGAAUAACUGUUCACUUUGGUGGAUAUUGAUGGUAAAGGUACCUUAGAUAAGGAUGAUUUGAGAAAGAUUUCAGAUGAAUUGCAUCUUAACUUUUCACAAAAGGAUAUUGAUGAAAUUAUUCACAAUGUUUCUGGAUAUGAUGCAGAAGACAUUACUGCUGAAUAAUUUGAGAAAUACUUGGCUAAAUUGACAAAUAGAAGAAAAAUUGAGACUGAAGUUCUCAGAACAAAAUGAAAAACACAGUUUAUAUAAUAAGCAUAAAAACA